AUGUGCUCGUCAGCAUCUGUCGAAGAAUUUCGCAAAUUGCUUACCGUCCAGGAAGCAAACCAGAUCUGCCACCAAUUCCACGACGGUCAGUGGCUCCCAGGAUGCCAGGUCAUGUGGAGUGGAGUAUGCCGUCAACUUGUACAAAGUUGGGCCGAUAGGAAUGGAAUGCAGACAUUAACUACGGCGAUGGGGUCUUUGAUGAUUCAUGAGCAUCCGCAAUGCUUAUGGUCCCGAAAAUCAAGCAAGCAAUGGAGCAAGUACAUGAAAGGCGCAUCUGCUAUGUUCGCCUAUCACAUUGCGCAAGAUGGGGAUGUAGUCACCGUUCUAUCACCGCCUCCUCCAGACAGAUACAAUCCGUACGGUGGGUCUAAUUACCAGACUCUUGAGGAGCCGAUCCUGAAGGGAAAACUGGGGCCCAGAGUCGCGAAGAUCGAAAUGGUUCAUCCGAAUAUAUUAGGUGCCCAGGAUUUCCGAUAUCAACUAUGGCCGCAAGAUCAGAAGAAUACCUGGUGUGAUAUGUUUGGGCACCCUUCGGCUAACAUCCACUGGCGCCAUGUGGCAGCACACCGAUCAUUGCUGUAA